AUGGACUUGAACGAUAACCCUAUACCCAACUCAGUUCCCUUACACCAAAAAUCAGGUAGGUACUUCCACACUUUACAUGUCCAAGACUUAUCAAAUCUAUAUCAACAAUGCUACAAACAAAUUGAUGAGACUGUAAAUCAGUUAGUGGAUUCUACAUCUCCUUCCACCACCGGCAUUAGCGAGCAGAUAGCAGACAUUACAAGUACAUACAAACUUAUCUCGACAUACGAAUCAGAAUCCAACUUAUUUCACGAAGGUAUUAAAGAUUUAAAAGAAAACUUCAAGCAAAUAUCAGAUGCCUGUCCCCAAAUCGACCUUUCCACGUGGGAUAAAUAUCGUACUGGAGAGCUCACCGCUCCCAAAUUAUCUGAAUUGUAUUUAAGCAUGUCCACGGCCGAGCUAACGGCCACGGUUAAUAACACAGAUACGCUCAAGAUACUAAAAGUGUUACCGUACAUUUGGAAUGAUCCAACCUGUGUGAUACCGGAUCUGCAAAGCCCCGCAGGUGAAGAUGAUCUACAAAUAGAAGGUGGUAAAAUUGAAUUAACCUGUCCUAUCACUUGCAAACCUUAUGAAGCACCGUUGAUAUCAAAAAAAUGUAAUCACGUUUUCGAUAAAGAUGGUAUUCAAAACUAUUUACAAGGAUACACGACGAGAGAUUGCCCGCAAGCUGCGUGUUCUCAAGUAGUUUCCAUGAGGGAUUUUGUAAAAGACCCCAUUAUGGAGCUAAGGUGUAAAAUUGCCAGGAUCAAAGAAUCUCAAGAACAGGAUAAAAGAAGUAAUCAAGCCGUCGAUGUUCUAUGA